CCCAGGCCCGGAGCUGCUUUGCGCAGGCUCGUCCGGCAGAGUUCGCUGGAAGGCGUUGCUGUCAGGAAGCAAACUUUCCCCGGGACGAUGUCGCGACUCGGCCCUCCCCAGGAACCAGUCGGAAACAGUUUGAUAGAUGACGCUAAGGCCCGCCUAAAAAAGCAUGACUUUGGGACCGAAUAUUCUCACUGUUCAUCUAACAGAUGUUCGAUCCUUCUACCAUUGUUGCCUAAAGAUGGGAAACUUUACCUGUUAUUCACCCUCCGGUCAGAGAAGCUGAGAAGGUCACCCGGAGAGGUCUGCUUUCCUGGAGGUAAGUGUGAACCUACGGACGCAGACGACGUGGCCACGGCUCUCCGGGAAGCCCAGGAGGAAGUAGGGCUACAUCCUGGUCAAGUGGAGGUGGUCUGCUGCCUGAUGCCACUGCCGUUUGAUAAGGAUAUGUGGAUAACGCCGGUUGUAGGAUUUAUAGACCCCAACUUUGAGGCCAGACCUAACCCGGAUGAAGUUAAGAACGUGUUCCUGGUGCCUCUGGAGUACUUCCUGCGUCCCCGUGUUUACCACCAGAGUCACGUGACACGCUGCGGUCGUCACGUGAUUGUUCACUGCUUUGAGUACACGGACCCUGAGGACGGCGCAACGUACCACAUCCGGGGACUGACUGCACGUUGUGCCCUGUUUACCGCCUUAGUGAUUUUGGGGAGAAAACCCUCCUUUGAGGUUGACUUUAAUCUCAGCGAUUUGAUACCACCCUCUGAAGAGUCCUUCCUGAAGCCUCAGAAACAUGCUGUGAGCAAGUUAUGAUUUAUGAGACCAACACCCAAAUGACUCUGAGCAGUGUUCGUGUGGGCUUAGCCACGGAACAAGGAUUCCACCAACUGUUGGAAUUUGACAGGUGCGAAUAUUUUUACUGCAACUUGAAAGUUAAAAACCUUGCCUUUUUCCCAGUUGCCCUCUACUGUCUGAAAAAGCAAGUCUUUCAAAAGUAGAAAAAUGUGUUUAUACUAUUGCAUAGUUUCACCCCAAAUAUGUGUAACAGUACUUUUCUUACAUGUAUAAUAAAAGUGGUCCAGUGGCUAAGACUCUGAGCUCCCCAAGCAGAGGGCCCAAGUUCAAUCCCUGAGCAAAGAACUAGAUCCUGUAUGCUACAACUAAGACCCAGCACAACCAAAUAAAUAAAAUCAACAUUUUAAAAAUAUUUGGUGAAUGUA